AUGGAGUCAGAGAUCGUAGUGGUAACUACAAGCCAGGGAGAUCAAGCAAUGCUUGGAGGAGAAGUUUCUCGAAUUCCAGAAAACUGGACUCAUGACGGAUCCAGCAAGGCAAAUGGCAGGAUAGGAACAAGGCCGCUGAAUCCCAGGGCAGAGGUAGAGGACGGCAGAGAGAAAAAACUCCCUCUGUUCCCUGUCUUGAUCUGUGUUAUUUUGUCAGCAGCAGGUAAGGACGGCUCGCCACCAGCAGCCCCGGCUACCACAGUAAAAACUAGCACAGUCUCAGGCGCGAAGCCCCAAACUUCAGGAUCCAUUUCAGACCCAGCGACAUCCACCAAGUCGAACACGGCCAACUCUUCGGCAUCCACAUCCGAAGGGGAGCCCUUGAACCCAACUCAGCCAAGCACCCCUGCGGUGACUACAGUCUCUACAACCACCAGUGUCACACAGAGUGGUAGUACCACGCCUUCCUCUCCCACUUUAACCAACACUGAAAAAGCAACCUUCCAGAGCACGGACAAAGGAACAACUGUCCCUGGAGACAGCAGUACUGGCCACAUUCCCACAUCCACCACAGCCACUCAGAGAACAGAGGUGUCGAGCUCUCUUUCUUCAGGGUCCAUUGCCACAAAACACUCUCCUGUGGUUUUACCUGGCAGCCCAGGCUCUCACCAUUCAACCACUGUCACUGUGAAGACCCCAGAGAGCUCUACCAGUGGACAACACAGCCUUUCCUCGGUCCCCAGUGGUUCAAGCCCUGCGCCUGGCACUAGCAGCCCCACAUCCAAGGUGUUGCCCACCACACAAACCUCUUCAGUCUCCACCAUAGCACCCCAGAAGGAACACCCACCAUGCACCCCAGAAGGAACUCAGCAGACCUCCAGCCAGAUGCCACCCAAGCCCACCCCGUCUUCCUCCAUGACAUCUCCGCUUGAGGGCUCUUCGUCCAGUCCUUCGUCAAGAACUGGGGCCACAUCUACUGUUGGGGGAGACACCCACUCCAGCACUCGUUCGGCUUCAGCUGCCCCCCAAGGCCUCAGCACAACCUCUUCCACCCUGGCUCCUGGGAAGCCCAAGGUAAUUCCAGCGAGGCUUCCAAAGACAUUCCUGACUUUAAACUGGCCCAGCCGUGCCCCUAGCUUGCCACGAACUGAUCACCACCCAUGGGAUGGAGGAGAACAGGAUCCUUGGAUCUUUGGGCCUGACCCUUCCUCUCAUGGCUUUUUCCAGGUAGACUGCAUGCCUCCUGAAAGGCUGGAUAAGAAGCUGCUCAUCCUGAACCUCACGGAAACCAGCCCCUGUGCAAAGAGCCCUCCAGCGGAUGACAGAUUGGUCACACAGCUGUGCCAAGCAGUCAAAGCCACCUUCAACCCGGCUCAGGAUUCGUGUACAGUACAGCUGGCUCCCAUUCAGGAAAGCCAGGCGGUGGCCCUCAAAAAAAUCACUAUUCAAACAAAUCUCCUUCCUGAGAAUGUGUACACCCUGCUGAAGGACAAGUGGGAGGACCUAAGAGAGGUGGGAGUCAGCCACAUGCAGCUGGGGGAUGAAGGACCGCCGGAGGAGGCUGAAGACCGCUUCAGCAUGCCGCUCAUCAUCACCAUCGUCUGCAUGGCAUCCUUCCUGCUCCUCGUUGCGGCCCUCUAUGGCUGCUGCCACCAGCGACUCUCCCAGAGGAAGGAUCAGCAACGACUCACAGAGGAGCUACAGACAGUGGAGAAUGGUUACCAUGACAACCCAACCUUGGAAGUGAUGGAGACCUCCUCCGAGAUGCAGGAGAAGAAGGUGGUGAACCUUAAUGGGGAGUUGGGGGACAGCUGGAUCGUCCCUCUGGACAACCUGACCAAGGAUGACCUAGAUGAGGAAGACACACAUCUCUAA